AUGCGCCUCCUCCGCCGCCUGGUGCGCGUGCCGGCCACGCUGCGCACGUUCGCGUCGCAGCCGGGCGAGUCGGCCGUGUUCCAGAUCCCCGAAGAGCCCAUUCCCAUCGCGCAGGCCGACGAGGCCACAGCGCAGGCCAGCGAGGCCCAUACCCGCGCGGCGCUCGCAGCGAGCGCGCCCGAGGCCGCCGAGCAGGCGCUCGAGCGCGACGUGCGCCGCAUGCGCCACCACAUGCUCAGCGACCUGGCCGGACUCGCCAGCACGCAGACGCGCGACUCGUCGUUCCGCCCCUUCAAGCUGCGCACGCAGCCCGUGGCCGCGCACCAGCUCACGCUCUCGCACCUGCUCGCCGCGACCGCGCAGCAGGGCCAUGCGAAGCAGCACGUGAAGCGCAGCUACGAGCCCCUGCUGUACGGCUACCGCCACGGCAUGGCCAUCAUCGACGUGGAGCGCGCGACGCUCCCGGCGCUGCGCCGCGCGGCGCUCGUCGUGCGCCAGAUCACGGAAAACGACGGCGUGAUCCUGAUCGUCGGGACACGGCCCCACCUGCGCGCGCCGAUCCGCGCGGCCGUCGAGCGCCUCGGCGCGAACGGCUUCCACGUGAGCACCGACCGCUGGAUGCCCGGCGUCCUGACGAACGCGCCGAAGCUGCUGUCGUUUGCGACGCAGUACAGCGUGCAGCGCUCGCGCCGCGCCGAGGACCACGACCAGGCGGCGCCGAACAUGACGCAGCUCGCGACGCUGCAGUACCGCCCCGACCUGGUCAUCGUGCUGAACCCCACAGAAAAUGAGAAUGCACUGCGCGAGGCGACCCAAUCGAACGUGCCGACCAUGGCCAUCGUGGAUACCAACGUCGACCCACGCGCCGUGACCUACGCGAUUCCCGCCAACGACGACUCGCCGCGCGUCGCCGAGCUCGUGCUGGGCGUGCUCAGCAAGGCAGGCGAAGACGGCCUCCGCCGCCGCCGCGCGGCCCUCGAGGCCUGGGACAAGAGCCAGCGCCGCCGCCGCCGCGCGCGGCAGAACGACGCCGCGCCGUAG